AUGUCGCUGCUCGUGCUUUUGGCAGCGUUGUUCGUGCUGGUGUCCACCAUUUCUGGCUUUUCUUUCGCUAAUCAUGACAUCAGUCCUCUGUUCACCAAGUCGUUCCGAAUACAUUCGCUCAACGCGCAGAAUUACGACAAAAUGUUGAACGAUUCCAAUAUCGUCUGGCUUGUGGACUAUUACGCUCCGUGGUGUCCUCAUUGUCGCCAAUUUGCACCCGAAUGGGAUCAAGUCGCCAAUUUCUAUGCAAAAGUCGACAAAGUCAGUGUCGGGGCUGUAGAUUGCACCAAAGACAACGAAAUCUGCAAUCAAGAAGACAUUUAUGGAUAUCCCGGAGUGAAGCUUCAUCAUGUUCCAGCAAAUUCAGAGAAGGCCUGGAUGAUGAAACGAACCUUUAUGACUAGUAAGGCAGUGAUUGAAUGGGCAGAGAGACUCAUGGACGAGCAUAAUGUGAAAUCUGGGGUGGAUAUAAAGGAAUUGGCAGUCCGAUUGAGGAAUAUCCGAAAGGAAGGCAUUGUGGAAGCUGAUGGAGAUGAAGGGGUGUUGAUAUACAGUGAUCAGUCGUUGGAGAUGAAGUACAAGCGUUUGUAUGACGCGGGUAUUGCAGCGGUGUCUACGUUUCAGGACGGGUUUUUUAUGGGGGCUAAUGUGCUGGAAGGAGAGAGAUAUGAGGUGGCGCUAAUGUGGGUGGAGGCACUUGCGGCGUCGUUCCCUUUGAAGAAAAACCGACAUGUUCUUGCUACACUAGCAGAUGCGAUGAAGACGGGCAACCAUUGGAAUCUUGCAGAUUGGAAAGAGUUGCUGAGUAGGUGGGAGGAAUUUGCGAGUAACAAAACUUUUCCUGUGAACUUGUUUGCGUCGAGUGAAGAAGACAAGCCCUGGGCGUUUUGCAAGACGUACACAUGCGGUUUGUGGACAUUGUUUCACAUCAUGACAGCGAAUGAAGUGACAGUAACCGAAGAGUCUGCAUCGGAACCUUGGAAGCCGAGCAAAAUCAUGGUGGCAAUCAGGCUUUACGUGAAGAACUUUUUUGGCUGCGAAGAGUGUCGGAAACAUUUUUUGCAGUCCAACCCGGAGAGUGUCAUCGACGAGCUAGCCAAAAGCGAUGCAAAAGGGCCUCAUGCAGUGAUAAUGUGGAUAUGGGAGAUGCACAACACGGUGAAUAAGGUCCUUAAGAAAGAGCAGUGGCCGUCGAAAAGGGCGUGUCCAGUCUGCUACGUGGAAAAUGGCGACCCCAUAUCGCUGGAUCCUGUACGACUUCAUGACGAUAAGAUUGUGUCGUAUGUCACAAGCGCAUACGGCUACGAUGAGGAGGAGAUUGAUGCUAUGAACGUCGCACUGACUGGCAAGGUCUUCGUCGUGUGGUCGUCAAUGCAAAGUUUCAAUGCAAUGUUAAUGGUACUGGGGCUAUUUGUGAUGCUUGGUGUGGCCUACAAGACGAAGAAAUACCGCACCUUUGAUCGAAAGGCAUUAUAA